AUGCAGUGUUUUUUCGCCCUCUUACUCCUAUCUUUAAGUGAAUACAGCCCCAAGCAUAUGAUUCUUAUAGACAAUAAACCCCAACACCCACAUUACAGCAUUCACAAACCUUAUGCCUCAAGAAAACUACCAGAGGCUGACAAAAGAAAAAAUAUAUACUCUCUCAGAAGCAGUAAAAUACAAGACGGGAUCUCUGUUGCUGUGUAUUGCUCACCCGUUAUGUCCUCUUCUGAGUUAUUUAGGUACCUUGAAAGAGGCUGGAAAGAUGUAACAAAGUCUUCGAGUGAACAUUUCGGCUUAAAUAAAUAUUCAAAUACUGUAUGCUUCCUACACCUUGUGGCAAAAUCCAAGUUAAAUGACUCGCCUAUUAUUUUAUCUACUCUUCUUAAAAAACGCAUAUGUUCUGAUGAAGAGAUAGUCGGCCUAGCCUUACUAGAAUUAAUUGAGAUAAAAGGAGACUACAAAUUCAUUUCUUCAUCAUCCACUGGAAUCAAGAUUCAUAUCAUUGGGGAUACUGCCAUCCGGUUCGAAAACGUCAAGACGUUCAAUAAAGUUAAGCUUUUUGUUGAUGGGAAAUCCAAAAAUGAGGCACUCGCGUUAUAUCAAGGUAAUCUUCAUUUAUUUCAAAAAAUUCGGUCAACCUCAACUUGGCUUCCUUUAACAUCCCUCUGUCGGAACCAAGGCCGUGGAGAUAUGAUUGUUAGAUACUUAUUGGAAAAUAAUAGAAAUUUUAAAAGAUUUAUAGCUAAGUCUGAGAUAACUUGGGAAAAAGGCCAUAGGAAAUUACCCACAGAGAAUCCAUCAAGCGAAUCUAAAGAUAAGAUGAAUGGGGAAAAAGUACAAAACUUAGAUGACCAGGACCACAUAGAUAAAUUAACAUCGAGUUUUCGGAUUCCUAGCGGUCUAAAAGCACUUUCAUCUCACAGCGGAUCUAUUCGAGCUUCGAGAGCAAGCUCGGAGAUGGAUCAGAAGAAAGUGGUGAAAGAAGAUAGCAAUUGA